UAUCUGAAGUUUCUAAUGUUAGUCUUCUGCUUCAGAAGGGUUUAUGUCUAACUAGAACACAUUGGACAAAGUCCAACUAGUUUAAUCUAACUGAAAUGUUGAUGUUUAUUAAUAUUUUUAUUGUAACAACGUUUAGUGUUGUCACGACUUUAAGUGUUAAAGAAUCAGGAAGUACAAAAGGUGAACUGUACACAGAAUGAAAAACAGCUGAUGAAAAUCACAGUAACAAGAAGACAUACUGUACAUGCAAACUCAUCUUUUUGUAGACAAUAAUAAUUAGUGUAUAUUUCUUUUAAAAUGUUUUAAUGCUUUGAAACAUUAAACAGUUUAAACUGAUUGUGUUUUUGCUAUAUAUGCUUUGAUUAGAUAAAAUAAUUCUGCAUAAUAUGUUUAAUGUAUUGAUGAAUGUUUUGGCAUUUAAGCAUUUAGCAGAUGCUUUUAUCAAAGAAAGGAAAACAUUAAAGUAGUUCAUCAAUAAAACUGAGGCUGUAAUACGAAACAUUCUAAGUUACAAAGUUUCAACAAUUCCUAGAGACCAAACCUGUUUGAAGCAAAAAAAAAAAAAAACGAAAAAAAAAACGAAAAGAGCAAAUGAGAGAGUAGAGAAUAUGUUAUAUAUUCUGUAAUGAAUAUUCAAAAACAUUUGCAUUCAUUCAUUCAUUUAGGAAGUACCUUUCUUCAAAGUUUGUCUAAACAUUAAAUGCAUUUAACAGCCAGAAACAUUUUCAGUUUUGUUCUGUGUUGUAUUCUGUUUGAGUCUUUUUGAAAGGUGACACUGUGCAGCACUGCAGGGCGAAAAAAUAAGAAGUUCUGUCAUAGCUUAAUAAAUAACAUGGGCAUAGGUUAAUAAGACUUUGUUUUAAAGAAAGGAAAAACAAAAAAGUAAUUGAACUGCAAUGUUAAUGUUGUUGAUAAGGUAGGUGUCAGAUGUGGUGUUGUGAUUGUUUCCUCAAAAGCUUUAAAGAGAAGACAAACAAUGGCAGAAUCUUCACCAACAUCACCAAGACGGACCAGAAUUAAGAAUAUGAGUCCACCUCCAUAUCUGUCUGAAAAGCUUCAGUGUUCUGUGUGUCUGGAUUUGUUCAAUGAUCCCGUCAGCACUUCAUGUGGACACAACUUUUGCAACAACUGCCUGGAUACAUACUGGGACAACAGUCAGAUCUACAGCUGUCCAUACUGUAAAGAAACAUUCAGUAAAAGACCAGAGCUCAAGAUAAACACUACACUUAGAGAGAUCACGCUGAUCUUUAAGGAAAAGUUCAGUCUGAGAAGAUCUGAAGUCCUCUGUGAAAUCUGUGAUGAAAGAAAACUGAAAGCCUUAAAGUCCUGCCUGAUGUGUCAGACAUCUUACUGUGAAACUCACCUGGAGCCUCACCAGAGAGUCCUGAACUUAAAGAAACACAAACUGAUGGAUCCUGUGGAUAACAUAAAGGACUAUAUAUGUGAGAAACAUGAGAGACCUCUGGAGCUCUUCUGUAGAGAUGAUCAGACAUGUGUUUGUGUGUUUUGUACUGAUGGAGAUCACAAGAAUCACAACACUGUCCCUCUAGUGGAGGAGACUAAAGAGAUAGAGACUCAACUAAAGAAGAUGCAGCAGUAUGCAGUGGAUGUGACUCUGGAUCCUGAUACAGCUCUACCAGAACUCAUCCUGUCUAAAGAUAGAAAACAAGUGAAACAUGGAGACAUUUGGCAUAAACUCCCAGAUAAUCCAGAGAGAUUUGAUAGGUGUAUCAGUGUUCUGGGAAAAGAGGGAUUCAACUCAGGGAGAUUUUAUUUUGAGGUUCAAGUGAAGGACAAAACUAACUGGGAUUUAGGAGUGGUCAGUGAAUCUAUUAAAAGAAAGGGAUCGCUCAAAGCAAUUCCUCAGGAAGGAUUCUGGAUUGUGUCUCUGAGAAAUAAUAAGAAUUAUUUGGCCUUUGCUCAUACAGAUAUCUUUCUGUCUCUGAAAGUGAAACCACAGAAGGUCGGGGUGUUUGUGGAUUAUGAGGAGGGUUUGGUUUGUUUUCAUGAUGUAGAGUCCAUGUCUCAUAUCUACUCUUUCGCUGGUCAAACUUUCACUAAGAGACUGUUUCCUUACUUUUGCCCAUGCCAUAAUAAUGGAGGUAGAAAUUCAGCUCCUCUGGUCAUCUUACCUCUUCAUUACAACAAAUGAAUUUACUGUACAUUUUGCAUCUAAAGUACUAUUCACACAGGAUUAGUAUCAUCUGGGGACCUUGUGUGAUUAAGAAAUUACCAAAUCUGAGUUUUGUAUGGCCCAUUCAAACUGGAUAAGCGAAGCCUGUGAUUUUACUGAAAUUUACUGAAUUAUCUCCCAGAUAUGAUUUUGAGGCUUUGCAUACCACAUUAUCUUAUACUAUGCCACAACACUCUGUAAAAGGUACAUUUUACAUAGUAUUUGUUCUAGGGUGCGUUUGCCAAAAGAUUGUUAGCAAACUAUGUUCGUUGUUACCAUUAAACUCUAUUAGUAAUGACAGAAAUUGUGACCAUAGUUGCUGUCAGGAAACGCCCUGAUCAGCCUUGUUGCGAUGACGCGUCAAGCCACAUGAAACUCAUCUGAAAGUAUUAUUGCUGUUCUUGUGUUUGCAAUAAUUGCUUCUAAGUCACUUUGGGCAAAAGCGUCUGCUACGUGACUAAAUGUAAAGUUGAUUAAAUAAGACAGAAAUUUGGCUGAGAUACAACUAUCUGAAAAAUUGGAAUCUGAGGGUGCCAAAAAUCAAAAAUUUGACAAAAACUCCCCUUUACUUUUCUGUUACGUGCCUGUGUCUGCAUUUGUGUGUUCUCUCUUUUCUAUCUUCUCUCUAGCGCUCUUCAUUCAUUAUUCCGUUCUGGGGAAUCCCUGGUGACCAUCAUUUCAUCCACCAAUCCUGUUACGCCCUCUGCUUUAAAAACCUCCCACCAUUUUUCCCAAAGGAAUGCUUUUGCUACUGUUCCCAUUUCGUGUAUGUUUCAGACACUUUAUAUCCUUUAUUCUUCCUUCAAUGUUUUGUUACAUCUUGUUGUUUUUCCUGUUUUCGUUUGUCCGUCUGAAUCUUUUUUUUUAUGUCUUGUUUUUUCGUUGUUUUAUGGAGAAGUGUUAUUUUUUGUUUACACAUAGGAAUAAUAUUUUGUUUGAUACAUUAGGUAAGGAUCUGGUACCACCCGCUGUAUGUUAUCGAGGUUUAGAGUAGAAUGUAUUUCAGCCAAGGAUCCACAGCUCCUGUCAAUUUUAUGGUUUUGCAAUGAAUUAAUACAGUAACUCAACUCAUUAUAUCUUGAGCAUCACCAUGAGCAGUGUUGGGGCUAGUUACUAAAAUAAAAGUAAUAUAUUACGUAUUACAUAUUACUCUCAAAAAUAGUAAUGCCUUACUUUACUUUAUUACUCCCUGGAGAAAGUAACUAGUUAUAUUACUAGUUAUAUUACUAGUUAAAAAAAAUUUCUGGACAAGAAUGUUUAUUUGGGCAAGCCACGGCCAAGAAAAUGCUGCCUUCCUUACCCGCUACCGGACGCGGGGCACAGCGUUCGGAGAAACAUUAAAGAGUUAUUUUCCUUCCGUUGAACAUAAUAAAAUAUGACUGAAUCUCCACCCGUCGAAACUAGCUUUCUGUUGCUGGGAACCUUCCUCUGUAAAAGAGCUUGCCGUUGUUGACGCUUCCAUUUUCCCAAUCUGUCUUUGAGUGUGCCGCUCUUUGCUGUUGGCUGCCGGGUGUCGACCAAUCGGUGAUGGUAAAUAAUACCUCGUGCCAAACUUAGA